GAUUAUGGCAAACACAAUGUAUAUAAAUAAAUAAAUAAUCGAUCGAUUAUUGUAAUCCGCAAUGAUUGGUAGUUGAAUUCAUGAUUUUCGUUCGUUUACCUCUUCAAUUUAAUGGUGAUGAAACAUUGGGAAAUUCUUCUUUCUCUAUUAAUAAUCAUAUUCAGUUUGAUGAUUAUGAUCAAUGGCAAUGAUGAUGAUGGUGAAAAAAAUAUCAACGAUCCAUAUUUAACCAUAAUAGUUCAUCUGAAAAAGAAUGGAUUUUUAUUCACACAAAAUGAUUAUUAUAAUUUUUCACGAAUAGAUAGAGAUGAUAUAUUUAAAUUUGGCAAUGUAUUAUUUGAUCCACGAAUGAACAUGUUUAUUGGAACAACAUAUCAACCGACAAUGAAUACAGAACAGCAAUUAAUUUAUGAUUAUUUUAAACAAAAAUGUGAUGAAAUUGAAAGAAAAUAUUUACAUGGCUAUCCAAAUUUUCAGCAAAAAAACAAUGAAUGUAUAAACGAUAUUGUACGAUUAACCAUUCAACAACGUUUAUAUCAACAUGUACGUUAUUUUCAAUUGAAUGAUCAGAAAAAGAAUCGACAAUUCGAUAAAGAAUUGUAUAGAUUAUUGACAAUUGCCAAUUCUUCUUGUAUGAUGGAAAAUGAUACCAGUAAAAUUGAAUGGAAACGUAAAAAUUUUGAAAAUAUCAUCAUUUCAUCGGAUCGUUUAUUCGUUUCGAUUGCUUAUUAUUUUUUCCGUAUUCGUUAUGAUUUUUAUCAGGAACAUAGACAAAUCACUUCGGAUAGACGUAAUAAUUUACGACUAAAAGUACGAAACUUAUACACACAACUCGGUGAGAUCAUUUUCGAUUUAGAAUUUUAUCGUUUCAAUUUUUUAUUACAAAAACAACAUUUCAAUUCGGAAAUUGUUUUGCAUAAAUUUUUCAUCAUAUUCGAUAUUCUAAUACAGAUGAAAGAAUUUUAUUAUCAAAAUCUUGUGGAUUAACAGCGCCGAAUCAUCACACUAACAACAACAACAACAACAACAAUCAAAUAAUUCAAUCAAUUAUAAUCAAAUCAAAUUUCUUUCAUUCAAUAAAUUAAUUUUUUUCAUCUUCUCUUCCUUCGAAUUCAAAUCAGAUUGAGAUUCAUAAUUAAAUUAGAUUAUACACAGCAGCAGCAGCAGCUACCUGUAUGCAUGAUGAUUGCAUAAUGUGAAAGUUCAUAGACACCGGAUACAUAUACAUGUAUUUACAAGCAGAUAAUACUUACAUCAUUGACGACAAUUAUAAUUAAUUUUCAAAUGGUGGUCAAACAUUACUCAAUUACAUUAAUCGAUGGUGAAAAAAAAAAAGAAAACUUUGCAUGUUUAUUUGUUUGCUAUCUUAUCAUCUAUCUAUCAAUCUGAUUUAUCUAUCUGACGAAGGAUAUGGUCGUCAAAAAACUGCAUGAUGAUAUAUAUACACAUGUUUUGGUGUUGAAAAAAUCACACAUUCAUUCAUCCAUUGAUUCGAUCAAAAUAAAUCGAAAAAGAAAGAAUCAUGCCGAUGGUUGUUUAAAUGAGAAACAACCAUCACCAUCAUCAUCAAAUUGCCUCCAUCAAUAUUGUUGAUGUAUAAUGGUUUAUAUUCAGUGGGGGUAAUUAGCGAGUAAAUUGAGCGUAUACGAACACAACUACGAAUAC